UUUAGUAAGCAGCUGCUACUAUAAGAAGAACUCAGGUUUUAUUUUUCAUUUGUGUUUUAUAUACUUACUUAUUACUUUUACUAAUUAACUCAUAAAAAAAAAAAAGCAAAAAAAAAAAACAUAAAUGGAUCCAAUGAAAGUGCAAGUGGCCGAAAUAGAAAAUCUAUUUAAAUUAGAUCCCUAUCUAAAGCCGUAUGAACGUGAAAUACGCAGAAGACAUGGCGCUCUCCAGGACUGGUUAAAUAAAAUCGAUAAAUUGGAAGGUGGCUUAGAGGAAUUUUCUCAAGGUUACAAAUAUUACGGUUUACAUUUCAAAGACGAUAAUUCAGUGGUGGCCCGCGAAUGGGCACCCGGUGCCAAAGGACUCUAUAUGACUGGAGAUUUCAAUAAUUGGCAAUGGGAAGCGAAUCCUUUUCAAAAAUUAGAAUUUGGUAAAUGGGAAUUAAAGUUACCACCAAACGCUGAUGGCACUCCCGCUGUAAAACAUUUAAGUGAAAUUAAAAUUAUUGUCCGCAAUGAAAAGGGGGAAUUACUGGAUCGGCUAUCGCCGUGGGCUGUGUAUGUCAAGCAACCGCCUAAGGAAGCCAAUUUAGGCGUCAACUUCAAACAGCUUGUUUGGCAUCCGGCUGAUGAGGAAAUAUAUACAUUCAAGUAUCCUAGUGCUAAACGACCUAAAUCGUUACGCAUCUAUGAAUGCCAUGUGGGUAUAGCGUCGCAAGAACCAUGCAUUGCAAGCUACGAUCAUUUCACGACUGAAGUAAUACCUCGUAUUAAAAGGCAAGGAUAUAACGCUAUACAAGUAAUGGCCGUUAUGGAACAUGCAUACUACGCUAGUUUUGGAUACCAAGUGACCAGUUUCUUCGCCGCGUCCAGUCGAUUUGGUACACCCGAGCAGUUGAAACGCAUGAUCGAUGUAGCUCAUGAAAGCGGUUUAUUUGUUUUGUUGGAUGUGGUGCAUUCUCAUGCCAGCAAAAACGUUCAAGACGGUCUCAAUCAAUUCGAUGGUACCAAUAAUUGUUAUUUUCAUGACGGGCCAAGGGGUGAGCACGCCUUAUGGGACAGUCGAUUAUUCAACUAUGUUGAAUACGAGGUUUUACGAUUUCUACUAUCCAAUUUAAGAUGGUGGCGUGAAAACUAUAACUUCGAUGGUUACAGAUUUGACGGAGUAACUUCAAUGAUAUAUCAUUCUCGAGGUAUCGAUCAAAGCUUCAGUGGUGAUUAUAACGAAUAUUUCGGUAUGAAUGUCGAUACCGAUGCUUUAAAUUAUUUGGCUCUCGCCAAUUAUAUGUUGCAUCUUCAAAAUCCCCAAUGCGUGACCAUAGCAGAAGACGUUUCAGGUAUGCCUACACUGUGUCGUCCCAUAUACGAAGGCGGUAUAGGUUUCGAUUAUCGACUUGGUAUGGCGAUACCGGACAAAUGGAUCCAAUUGCUCAAGGAAUAUAGUGACGAUCAAUGGAAUAUGGGUAAUUUAGUUCAUACCCUAACCAAUCGGCGUUAUCGCGAAAAUACGGUAGCUUAUGCUGAGUCUCACGAUCAAGCCUUGGUAGGUGAUAAAACCUUAGCAUUUUGGUUAAUGGAUAAAGAAAUGUAUACCAACAUGUCUGUUUUAUCCGAAUCGAAUAUAAUUAUUGAUAGAGGAUUGGCUUUGCAUAAAAUGAUCCGUUUAAUUACCCAUAGCUUGGGCGGUGAAGCUUACUUGAAUUUUAUGGGCAAUGAAUUCGGUCAUCCAGAAUGGUUAGAUUUUCCUCGACCGGGUAAUAAUGAGUCGUAUCAUUACGCUAGACGUCAAUGGAACUUAGCGGAUGACGAUCUACUGAAAUAUCAUUUCCUAGGUGAAUUUGAUCGGGCCAUGAAUGAAUUAGAAGAACGCUUCGGUUGGUUACAUUCCGAUCCAGCCUACGUUAGCUGGAAGCAUGAGAGUGAUAAAGUGAUUGCCUAUGAAAGGGCUGGUCUAGUAUUCGUUUUCAAUUUUCAUCCUACCAAGAGCUUUACAAAUUAUUGCGUAGGCACUAAUUGGCCGGGUACCUACAAAGUGUCUUUAACCACUGACGAUAAAAUUUAUGGCGGUUUCCAGCGCAUCGAUAAGAAUUGUAAACAUUUCACUAAAUCUGAAACUUACGCAGGGCGUAGCAGUUAUUUUGAAGUGUAUAUACCGUCUCGUACCGCUGCGAUAUACGAACAUAUUAGUAAUUAAAUUUAAUUAUAGGAUAAUAAAUAAUUAAUAAAUAGUAAAAAAAAAGGACAAGUAAGAAUGAGUGGAAUCCUUGAUACUUACCGUUAAAUCAAUAGCAGCAAUGUAAUUUUUUUCUUGACCGUGAAUUAGCCUCAUUUCCAAAUUCUCAAUACAUAAUAAGGCGGAGCAGUUUUAAAGCUAAUUCGACAAUUGAUAGCACGUGCUUAAAAUCGGAGCAAUGUGCUUAACAACUAUGGGAAACACCAAGUUAUAUAAAAAGGUCAUCCAAAAGCAUCGAAGACGAUCAUAAUGGCUGACGAAUUGAAACAAUAAAUGAAGAACUUUGUCAAUAAAUUAUAAGCUUUAGGAUAUUUUAAUCUCAAAGAUUUGCCAGUUUUGCAUAUGGGAGUAGAUGACUCAAGCUAUCCUAUAAAAGGAUGACAAAACUAGCCCUAUCCAAACUUUGCCUUAAGAGGUGACGCCAUCGUAACGACUCAAAAAAGUGUAUUCUUGAAAACUUUUUUUGAAAUAGACGGAAGAGUGGUAGGCUUAUAAGAUUCGAAGAGUAUUCAAAGCGUACAUUUAAGUAAAAAGAUUAUAUUUGAGAAAUACUAAAAAAUGGCAAACCUGACGUCAAUUUAUGAGUGUAACUAUCGGGGAGCUAUAUUAGCUUUGGAAACAUAAAAACGAUAUGAAGGCUUUUUGCACCGAUGGUACUCGAUUGCUGGUCGAGUUAGACUUCUCCUUCGAUUGCUUGUCAUUGUAACGGUAUCCCUGUGAUAUCAUCAAAAUUUUGCAAAGAAGAUCAAAAAAAUUGUGUAAAUGAAAAAUAUAUAUAUGAGACGUUAUUAUCCCUAAAGGGGACAAUAUAGCAAUAUAGAUACGAUCUCUUAAUAACUAACAAGUAAGCUAUAUUCGGCGCGGGCCGAUUUUCGUAUACCCACCACUAUGCUUUUUGCAUUCCACUCUCCAACUUGUUUUAUUUGAUACCCAUAUCGCUGGUAUUGCUAAGGAAAACUAAUCCACCAGAUCGUGGUGUCUACCGUAUUCAUUUUAGAAUUAACCCAUUUUUAGGCAGAUAAUAUAGGAGGAGGAGGAUAGUUUUAAACAUU